GAUUCCCUCCCCUAAUCAUGAUCACCCACGCCAUGAUUUUGCUAUUACUGUGUUAUCUAUGUUGACCGCUUCUGUUGUACUAGAUUUGUUGUACUAGAUUUAUGUGCGCAAUGGAUGCUAUCUACGACUAUGUCAUUGUUGGCGGUGGAACAGCUGGCUUGACGCUAGCGGCCAGACUCUCAGAGAAUCCUAAGAUAGCCGUCGCUGUCGUGGAGGCGGGGACCUAUUACCAAAUAAACCAUCCAAUUUUCUCAACCGUCCCUAUGUGUACUGGUGGGUUCACGGGCUCAUCACCCACCGACAUGAACCCGGGCGUAGACUGGGGUUUUAUUACCACUUCACAAAAGGGUGCCGGUAACAGGGAGUUGCACUAUACGCGGGGAAAGUGUCUUGGUGGAAGUUCUGGGAGAAAUGCUAUGAUGUACCUACGCCCUGACAAAGGCUCUCUUGAUCAAUGGGCGGAGCUAGUCGGGGAUUCCACAUACGCGUUUGAAAACAUGCUGCCUUACUUUCGGAAGAGUUGCAAGUUUACCCCAGCGGAUCCUAGACCUGGAAACGAUGCCUUCUCGUCAGAGAGCGGCCCGCUACACGUGUCAUACGGCAAUAACGUCCGACCAUUCUCUCAAUGUCUUGGGCGAGCCUUCAGUCAGAUUGGAAUCCCAACCAUCGGAGAUUUUAAUAGUGGUAGUCUAUUAGGCUCCCAAUUCUGUACGUUUACUAUCGAUCCUACCACAGCAACCAGAAGCUCUGCCCAGACCUCAUUCCUGGACCUUUGUCAGGCUCGACCGAAUCUCAAAGUAUUCCGUGAGACGCUCGCUAAGCGGGUCUGUAUUAAUGGAAACAAACAGGCCACCGGUGUUCAGAUUAGUUCCGGCCUAGUAUUAACGGCUCGACGUGAAGUUAUUUUGUCUGCCGGCGCUUUCCAAUCACCACAGCUCCUCAUGGUUUCCGGGAUUGGUCCAGCAGACACUCUCAAAAGGUUAGGUAUUCCGGUUAUUGUGGACAGGCCCGGAGUCGGACAGAAUUUGACAGAUCACAUAAUGUACGGGCCGUGCCACCGCGUUAAAGUCCAAACUAUAUCAACGGUCGUAGCCAACCCUGCCCAAAUUGUCCCGUUGCUAUUCGACUACGUUAAAAACGCAAGGGGUCCUUUGGCAAACCCGGGUAUUGAAUACGUGGCCUUUGAGAAAAUACCCAGGCAUCUGAUAUCCGAAGAAGCUUCCGCUAAGCUCUCCCAGUUACCUCAUUCAUGGCCUGAUAUGGAAUACAUAUCAAUGGAUUCGUAUUCGGGUGAUCUCUCAUCUCCAUUGUUCAACUUACCCAAUGAUGGCCAUAAUUACGCCAGCAUUCUAGUUUCUCCAUGCGCGCCGUUAUCACGCGGUAGUGUCACUAUUACCUCUGACGAUACGGCAGAUCUCCCGGUCGUGGAUCCAAACUGGCUAUCGGACCCCAUUGACGCCCAGCUAGCAGUGGCUGGGUAUAAGCGGGCGCGGGAGCUUUUCUCGUCAUCAGCCAUGCGAGAUAUCCUCCUGGACUCAGACCCGGAAAAGGAAUUCUUCCCCGGUCUUGACACUGUGAAGGCCGACGAAGAGAUUCUGCACACGAUCCGUAAUACUAUGACCACUAUCUACCAUGCCUCUGGGACUUGUCGCAUGGGGCGCGCCGGAGACCCCACUGCUGUGGUAGACCCGCAUGCUAGGGUUUUCGGUGUAGAGAGACUGCGUGUCGUCGACUCAAGCGCUUUUGCCCUAUUACCCCCAGGCCAUCCGCAGAGUAUGGUAUAUGCACUGGCCGAGAAGAUUGCCGAAGAGAUUCAAAACGAGGGUUGA